CGGAAGUUUGAGGCAUGAGCUGAAAAUGGAUGAGUUCUAGUUCUUGUGUUUUUCUUUAUUGUGUAAAAGUUGGUUUCAAGUGUCCCAGUUUCGUAUCGUCGGCACGUCUGACUGAUGUGGCUAAGUGCUGCCGCUGCCGCUGCUUUCGUCGCUGUUUGUGCUUAUUACAUGAACUUUGACAACCAGCUUAGAGGAGAAGAAGAAGAAGGCAGGUCGGUGUUGUCCGCAUGCCCUUCUUUACUACAACUUUAUUCACAAGGCGUAUUAUUAGAAGCAUGUCGUCCGCUCUUCAGCGUCACGUCAUCUGGGAGUCAGAUGGGCUGGUAGCCUACCUUCACCCUCGGCCCUGGACCCCGGGCUCUGUCAUCCUGGAGAGCAGCACCCCCGGGACCCAAGAAGGCAGCAUUUUCCACUUGGGGGAGCCAGAGUACUUGUCCUGGCUGCUUGGGGCGAGAGCUGUGGCAGAGCUGCUGUGUGACAGGCUGGGAGUUCGGAGGUGUGCGCUGGUCAGCAGACCCCACAGAGAUAGACCUGCUCAGAUCCGUAUCCUCCCCCUGUGUGGGCUGGACGCAGAGUGGCGCCCUCAUCUGGCUGGGGAACAAGAGCACAACGCCCAUGACCCGGGAUACUGCACUUCCAGGACCGCCCCACGAUGGAGUGACUCCAGCCUGACUGAAAUCCAGACCAGGAUUCGAGCCAAACUGCCGCUGCCUGAUGCCCCCCCUGAUCUGACCUUCCUCGGGGACGAUCCGGCUCACCCUUCGCUGUUCUCACGUAUUGUUCGUGGUGAGGAGCAGCAGUGGCGCGUGUGGGAGGACAAAGGUCAUGUGGCUUUUCUCACUCCAUUCCCCAACUCCCCUGGAUUCACUGUGUUAGUCCCACGCCGACCUUUGACCUCUGAUAUAUUCAGACUGGAAAAAGAAGAUUACGAGAGACUGGUGCUGGCCGCCAAGAAGGUGUCGCGGCUCCUAGAGGAUGGGUUGGGCGCUUGGGGGGUGGGGCUUAUUUUUGAGGGUUUUGAGAUCGACUACGCUCAUGCCAAGCUGAUACCACUAUUCCUGCCGCCAUUGUCGGCGGUUGAAAAUAAACCAGAUAAACCACCGUCUCCCCAGUUUUACCCCACUUACCCGGGAUAUGUGACAUCAGAAGAUGGGCCUGAAGCCAGCUUAGAGAGUCUGAAGAUAAUGCACACUAAAAUCAGUCAAAUGUAAUGCUCUUUGAUUCUGACUCUGAUACUGUUUUUACCAAAUAAUCACCAUUCUCUUUGCACAAUCAUGACUGAACGACUACACCCGAGCUGGUUAUCUAAGUACUUCUAAGUGACUCUGUUCAUUUUUUGCAAGACAAACAUUUGAUUCAGACAUCAAAUAUCUGAUUAAAGUUUACAAAUUACUCUAAAUCACGUAUUAAAUACAUUCUUUAAAAUCCAACAAUGUUAACAUUAAAACAUCAGUGUCAUUGCACACUGUACACAAACAUGUACAGUUUACCUCAGAAAUACAGAACAAAAAGCUCAGUUAUGUCAAUGCAUCAUUACACUGUGCUAUUUAUGUUCCUGAAUAAUUAGAUUGUUAUGUGUUUAGUUCGUUUGCUUGCAUAAUCUGUGUGCUCGCUCAUUGCACAUCUGCUAAUUGGUCCCUCUGUGUGAUUCUGUUGUAAGACUUAAUUAAUAACUUAAUUAAUAAAGUGCUUAAUCGGUGCUUUGUAA